AUGGAGGAGAGGACUACGUUGAGGAAAAAGAUAUUUUGGAGGAAGAAGAAGGCGCUGAGAAAAGGGCACAAUCUGGUUUCUCUUGUUAACAAGAUGUCAUUCAAAUCAGAUGACGGGAGGCAAAAACUUGCAGCUGAGAUGCUACGCAUAGGCAGUGAGAAGAUCGCCGCCCGUGUCUUCACAUUUCGCGAAAUGGCAGCUGCCACGAAGAACUUCGACUCGGAAAACCUACUGGGUGAAGGUGGAUUUGGGAGGGUGUACAAAGGGCAACUCAAAGGCAGCAACGAAAUUGUAGCAGUGAAGCAACUUGACAGAAAUGGAUUCCAAGGCAACAGGGAAUUCCUGGUUGAGGUCUUCAUGCUGAGCUUGUUACACCAUCCAAACCUUGUUAAGUUGCUUGGCUACUGUGCUGAUGGAGAACAAAGGAUCUUAGUGUAUGAGUGCAUGCCGUUAGGUUCAUUGGAGGAUCAUCUACUAGAUUUGGCACCAGAUACUAAGCCAUUGGACUGGCUAACAAGGAUGAAAAUUGCAGCUGGUGCAGCCAAAGGACUGCAAUACUUGCACGAGAUUGCAAACCCACCAGUGAUUUACAGAGAUUUUAAGGCAUCAAACAUCCUUCUCGACGACGACUACAACCCAAAGUUGUCGGACUUCGGCCUUGCUAAGCUCGGUCCGACUGGAGACAAGACUCAUGUAUCCACCAGAGUGAUGGGGACCUAUGGGUAUUGUGCUCCGGAGUAUGCAUUGACAGGCCAGUUAACAACGAUGUCGGAUGUUUACAGUUUCGGAGUUGUAUUCUUGGAGCUGAUUACUGGAAGGAGAGCUAUCGACACGACCAAACCGACGCGUGAGCAGAACUUGGUCCAUUGGGCAGAGCCAUUGUUCAAGGACAAGAGGAAAUUCGUGGCAGUGGCUGAUCCACGGCUGGAGGGGAAGUACCCCAUAAAGGGCCUGUAUCAAGCUCUUGCUGUGGCUGCAAUGUGCCUGCAAGAGGAGGCAAGCAUAAGGCCUCUCAUCAGUGAUGUGGUCAUUGCUCUCGAGUACCUGGCUAAUCCAAGGACCAAUGGCCCUGAAGAACCAACAACACCUGAAGCUGAACCAAUUGCCAGCUCUGUGAUAGUGGAAGAUACUAGACAUCUUGAAGAGAAAGAGUCAGAAUUAGAUGAUCAUAUUCACCAAGAAAGCUAUUCCUUCUCGAGCAGGGAAGAUGAGCUGAAUGAUGUGGAAUAGUGGGAUGGGACGGGAUGUUUUGCAUCUACAAUUGUUUUCUGCAUUUUGAUUGAUUUGCUACAUAUAUCAAGUGCAUUGCUAGGCUUUUGAGUCUUAGAACUUGAAUCAUGGAGCAAAGA